AUGUCAAUUCAAAUGGGAAGUUAUUUGAUCAGGUUGCUGGAGUUGGAUCCCGAGCAAGUCAUUUCUCGGGGACAAGUAACAUUAUCGCAGAAGCAAACAUUAAUUGAUGAUUGUUUGCAGAAGUCCUUUGAAAUUGCACUAGGAUGUGGCCAGUUUGGGAAUUGUCUGGCUGUCAAUGCUGAUGCUAUUUCAAUGCUGAGAAGCGAACUCGGAAAUCAGCUCGCUAACAAGAGUCGGAAUUCCAAUCUGAGAGCUAUUGGCGCUGUAGUAUAUAAAGUCCCCGAGUUGAAUAACGACGAGAUGCUAAAAAUCAGCCUGAGAAGUUUGGGACAAGAAGACAUGACUUCUAUCUCCCAGGAAUUCGGAGGUGGGGGGCAUCGAAACGCAAGCUCAUUUCUGUUGAGUGUUGCAGAAUUUGAGAAGUGGAAGGUUGGAGCUGAGCCUUCCAAUGCAGAAACUGCCUAG